CCGCCUAGUAAGAGCCGGACCGCAGGGCCGAGGGUUGGUCUCUGUGUUGCGACCCCUGCGGAAGAAGAUGAACGGGACGCGUAACUGGUGUACCCUGGUGGGCGUGCAUCCGGAGGGGCAGACCGCGGGCAGCGUGGACAUUCUCAGGCUGACCCUCCAGAGUGAACUGACAGGAGAUGAACUUGAACGCAUAGCUCAGCAGGCGGGCAGGAAGACCUAUGCCAUGGUGUCCGGCCGCUCAGCCGGGCAUUCUCUGGCCUCGGAACUGGUGGAGUCCAAUGAUGGACAUGAAGAGAUUAUUAAGGUGUACUUGAAGGGGAGGUCUGGAGAUAAGAUGAUCCAUGAGAAGAAUAUUAACCAGCUGAAGAGUGAGGUCCAGUAUAUCCAGGAGGCCAGGAACUGCCUGCAGAAGCUCCGGGAGGAUAUAAGUAGCAAGCUUGACAGAGAUCUGGGAGAUUCUCUCCCUCAACAGGAGAUCCAGGUGGUGCUAGAAAAGCCGAAUGGCUUCAAUCAAAGUCUCCCGCCCGAGGUGGAUACCUGUAUAAACGGAGAUGUCGAGAGCUUGAGGAAGACUGUGCAGGACUUGCUUGUCAAGCUGCAGGAGGCUGAGCAGCAGCGCCAGUCAGACCGUGCAGGUUUUGAGGUCACACUCAGCCAGUACCAGAGAGAAGCAGAGCAGAGUCACGCAGCCCUCCAGAGAGCGGAGGACAGAGUGGAGCAGAAGGAGGCAGAAGUCGGGGAGCUGCAGAGGCGCUUGCUGGGAAUGGAGACGGAGCAUCAGGCCUUACUGACAAAGGUCAAGGAAGGGGAGACAGCCCUGGAGGAACUUCGGAGCAAGAAUGGUGACUGCCAAGUAGAACAAGAAAAGGCUGCGAGCCUGGAAAAGGAAGUGGCUGGUUUGCGGGAGAAGAUCCACCACUUGGAUGACAUGCUUAAAAGCCAGCAGCGGAAAGUCCGGCAAAUGAUAGAGCAGCUCCAGAAUUCAAAAGCUGUGAUCCAGUCAAAGGACACCGCCAUCCAGGAGCUCAAGGAGAAAAUCGCCUACCUGGAAGCUGAGAAUUUAGAGAUGCAUGACCGGAUGGAACACCUGAUAGAGAAACAGAUCAGUUACGGCAACUUCAGCACCCAGAACCGGGCCAAGACUGAGAACCCGAGCAGCGUUAGGAUAGCCAAGCCCCCCAGCCCUAAGCCCAUGCCUCUCAUCCGAGUGGUGGAAACAUGAGCUGAAGAAGGAGCUGGACGCCGCCGUGGUUGCCACCUCUCGCCUGCAGAGGAGCCCACCACCCCUGGAGGCUGCUGGCCCUGACUCUGACCUCCCAACUGCUCCCUGGCUGCACCCCGGCUUGGGGUUCAUGUGUCCCGCCGGUUCCAGAUGCCUGUCCUCUGCACGCUGGGUGGACUGAGGAUGACGCCCCUCUGGACACUGCGGCCUCUGGAGCCAGGGCAGUAUCCUUGUUCCCGUAGUUACUGUUUCUCUCUGUAGCAGGGCCUCCCUUCUGUUAUAGACUGGAGUUCGGCUGCCCCAGAAGCCAGGUCCUCAGUCGGAGGACCUCAGUGGCCCUAGGAGCUGGAAGCGCAGAUGUCCGAAGUGACUGGAGAGUGUCCC